AUGCGCAAUUCCAGCGCCGAGGUGAUCGUCUUUAUUCGCAAUUCGUCUCCUUCAAAACAAACCAACUCGACACACGCGUAUAAAUACGGGCCCAAGUCCGAUAGAUCCAGCACAAAGCAAUCAGCAAUCAGCACCACACUCGAUCGCUCAAAACGGUCUUCAGUACUCAACGAUUUGAAAAAAACCACAAGACAACCAAACGUCAACAUGUCCGGAAAGCUCGUUAUCUUUUUCUUGGUUGCCGUUGCCCUGGCUUGCAUCGGUUCCGCCGCCGCCCAAUACGUCGUCUACCCCGCUGAACCAGCCAUCACUUCCUACUACCACCCCUACGGAUACACCUACCCCUUGACUUACAACUACAGAUUCGGUGGUUACCCAUACCUCUUACGCCGUUGA